UCUUCUGUGUCUAGAAAUGCUAAAUUGAAACAAUUAGAAACAUUUUAAACUUAUGUGAUUCACAUAUCUGGCUCCCGAAAUGUUCGCGUUGUGAUUUACUUGUUUCCCUGUCGUUAUCUGGCAACCCUGCCUAAACUGCGACAGCGCCAAUGGCAGCAAAAGACAACUAGAAGAGGCGAGGAGGAUGACAGCAACAAGGUGAGAGGAGCACCGUUUGAAGUCAACAUUGGCACUGAUGUACGGUCAGAGAAUGCAGAGAACCGUCACGUCUCCCUGCGGAUUCCGCAUCGCAUGAGUUACCACAUUACUGUCAACUUUAUCUCAAGUUGUUAAGGUUCGCCUAAUUUGAUUUUGCCGAUUCAGACGGGGGAGACCAUAUUGGUUCGGUCUUACGUAAAAAGUCCUGCAGUGCUGAAGUGACUAUGAUUCUCUGGCUGCAGUGGAGGUGAGGAAACAUGGGGUGGAAAUCUGAGUUGUCAAGACAAACGUGAUGACAGCAUGGUCCAUGGUGGAGAAGCUCAAAAUGGAAAAACGCCCAUGCAGGGAAGAGAACAUUGACUCAAGUGAGGCCCAGCAUGCCACUGAGGAGUCGGAGGAUGGAAGCAGCUCAGAAAGUGAAUCCGAAGACCAGAAACCGCAGAGGGCUCCGGCGAACAGCAGUAAAAGAAGAGAACCGCUGGCUGUCACCAAACCUCACCGUCAGCUCUGCCGCUCUCCGUGCCUCGACCGGCCGAGUUUCUCCCAGAGUAGCACUGUCCAAGACCUCCGUGAGGACGAUACCAGCACGGCGUCAGGGGUUAAACCUGUGAGUGAAAGAGAGUACCAGACCAAGAUUGAGUUUGCGUUGAAGCUGGGCUAUUCUGGAGAGCAAGUGGAGACGGUGCUCAGUAAGCUAGGAGCCGCGGCACUCAUUAACGAUGUUCUCGCUGAAUUGGUGCGACUCGGAAACAAAGUAGAGCCGGAAACUCAGCCUUGCAGCAGCGCAGCCGCUCCAGCGUCACGGCCCCCAUGUGUGAAAGAGACUGUUAGUCCAGAAGUUUCAGUGGAAGAAGAUUCUGUGGAUACCUUUGAUAACCUCAGGCCCAUCGUCAUUGACGGCUCAAACGUUGCAAUGAGCCAUGGAAACAAAGAGGUAUUCUCUUGUCGUGGUAUCCAGCUUGCUGUUGAAUGGUUUCGGGAUAAAGGACACAAAGACAUCACUGUAUUUGUUCCAGCCUGGAGGAAGGAGCAGUCAAGACCUGAUGCUCUAAUCACAGAUCAAGAAAUCUUACGCAAACUGGAGAAGGAGAAGAUCCUGGUUUUCACCCCAUCUCGAAGAGUUCAGGGCAGGAGGGUGGUGUGCUAUGAUGAUCGCUUCAUAGUGAAGCUGGCUUAUGAUUCUGAUGGAAUUAUUGUGUCAAACGACAACUACAGGGACCUGCAAAACGAGAAACCAGAGUGGAAAAAGUUUAUCGAAGAGCGUCUCUUGAUGUAUUCAUUUGUCAAUGACAAGUUUAUGCCACCUGAUGAUCCGCUGGGAAGACAUGGUCCAAGCUUGGAAAAUUUUCUCCGUAAGCGACCGGUUGUUCCAGAGCACAAAAAACAACCUUGUCCCUAUGGAAAAAAGUGCACAUAUGGACAUAAGUGUAAAUACUAUCAUCCAGAACGUGUUAACCAACCUUUGCGGUCCGUGGCGGAUGAACUCCGAGCCUUUGCCAAAUUAUCUGCGGUGAAAACGAUGAGUGAAGGAGCUUUAGCGAAAUGCGGCACCGGUUCAGCAACUGUAAAGGGGGACAGCAGCUCUGAAGCCAAACGCGUGGCCCCCAAGCGCCAGUCCGAUCCCAGCAUUCGCUCAGUGGCCUGUGAACCUCCAGAGGCACUCUCCAUCGUAAGGAAGUCCGAGACAAAUUCAGUGCCUUCCCUCGUGUCUGCCCUCAGCGUGCCCACCAUGCAGCCUGCCAAGAGCCACGCAGCCGGGGCCUUGAACACACGAUCAGCCAGCAGCCCCGUUCCUGGUUCUCUGCAGUUUUCCCACAGUUCACUGGAGCACAUGUCCAGCGUGCAGUAUCCCCCAAUUUUAGUCACAAAUAGUCACGGCGCCUCCAUGACUUACAGUGAACCGUUCCCAAAGUACGACUCCGUCAGCGAUCACGGAUACUACUCACUCCACAGUGAUUUCUCAAACAUGAGCAUGAGCAGCAUGCACAACGUGGACAGUUUCUGUAGCAUGGAGCACGAGCAUGUGUACCAGAGAAACCCCAGCCACUGCCCCGAGUCCUGCCUAAGCCAUUCCAACAGCGACUCCUUCUCCUCUUACGGGGACAUGUACCCCAGCUCCAUGGACAGCAGUCUGGAGGAGAGCAUGAAGGGGUCACAGCAGGCUCCUGCACAGGGAAGGAUGCAAGCCUUCUCCCACGGGUUUCGCCACGAAGCACUGACUAGAGUUCAGAGUUACGGACCGGAGGAGCCCAAGCAGUGCUCCCGGAAGCAGUCUGGAGCUCACCUAGCGCCACACAUCCAACACGCUGCAGUGGGAGCCCGGUCCAGCUGUCCCGGAGACUACCCACUUACUCAGAACGUCCUCCCCCCUUUGUCCUCUCAGCCCACGCGCUCUCUAGGUAUGACUCGAAUGGACAGUGUUUCUGACUCAAGGCUAUAUGACAGUAACCCAAUGAGGCAGAGGCGACCUCCGCUGUGCCGCGAGCAGCACGCAAGCUGGGACCCUCUGCCUUGCGGUAACGAGUCCUUUGGAUAUCACUCAUAUCCACUUAGUAACAGCCUGAUGCCGUGCUGCGAGCGUGUGAUGGUUCGCAGCAUGCCAGACAAGAUGGAACAAAUUUGGAGCUCGCCAUGGGAGACCCCAUCUGCAGCCGAGCACCAGGAGCAUCAGGUCGUCCCGGACCACCAGUACCAGACAUACAGGAACCUGUGCAACAUCUUUCCUGCUUACAUCGUUCACGCCGUCAUGGAGAAAAACCCGCAUUUGACCGAUCCUCAACAGCUGGCUGCAGUCAUCGUCACUAAACUGAGGUCCAACCACUGAGCAGCAGCUGAGGAGAAAGGAGGGAAGUGAGCUUUCUCUGUGCAGGGGUGGCCCCUUCUUCAGUGUUGCAGCUUUUGUGCACCAUCUGCCCUCAGGAGCUAAUUGUCACGUUUUUCUGGUGGGAGUUUUGAUGAUUCGGGUAUGUAUCACUGAGAUGACAUACGAGGAAACCUUCAGCUUAGAUGAGUUUUUUUUUUUUUUUUAAUGAAGUAUAAAGCACCAGUAUUUUAUAUAAAACACUUCAUAACACAUUCAUACCUCCUGAGCUUCACUGCAUUUAUGGAAGGAAUUCUUCAACAUUUUAAAGUCACUUUAACUUUAGGUAUCUGUAGUGCUCAUCUAAAGCAAUGUUCAGCAUUAAAUAAAAGAUUAUUUUAUGUGAUUCAUAGAAAACUAAUUUAAAAAAUAAGUUUAAUAAUACUUAAGAGAAAAACACUCUCCAUCUUGUUAACCUUCUGAUAAUCUUUUGAUCUAUUUUAAAAUUAUUAAUUACGAUUUUUCUGUUUUAUAGCCAAAAUGUAAAAAACUGUCAGUUUCUGGCUCAUAGUUUCUGCAGUAGUUUGUUAAAAAUUUACCUCUAAGUAGUGGGUGGGACUUAAGUCGUAGACUAAGCCCGCCCCCUUCCCAUCAUCCAUUUCCAUGUCUUCAAGUGCAUCAGAAUGGAGCAGAGCAGGGAGCUUGCCGUAGAAGCUUCUACAUCACACCUACAAGCUUUUUCAAAUUGUGUUUUUGCGUCUGCUCCUGAUUCACAAUGAUUUGAAUCCAGAAAUACAAUUUUAAGCCUACAUUUUGACCACAAAAUACCAGAAGAACAUGUAGAAAACAUUGAAAAUAUAAUUUUCAUUGGAGUGGGUCUUUAAAGAAGUAUUUAUGAAACAAGUGGAAUAAAACAGUCACUUUAAAUAUUUUUUAGUAACUUAAUGUAUUAGAAAUGAUGUUGUCAUUCCUUAUACUAUUUAAUGGAGGCUUAACCUGCUAUCUAUGCUUUUUAAAACUAAUUUUUAGUUAUUUUAGAGAGAGAGUCUAACUCUGAACAGGCAAAGAAACCACUCGGCCACAUCUAGGUUUGUCUUGUAUUGAAGGGACACAUCAGACUCCGUUCAGCGUGAAGCUUUUGUGAAGACUGCUCAGGCCCUGUGAAUGUGUUAUGAAAGGAGUCGUUCAGUGCAGUGGAGUUACGAACAGCUUUGCUUAGGACUGCCUCUACUGUAAAUAAUGGUUUUUGUUUCUCUCGUUUUUGUGCAUUUCUUUCUGAAGUCCAGUGAGAGGGAGGUAGACGCAUACCUCACAGCAUGAAAAAAACGAAAUUUUAUGGCCUUAUAUCUGAAUGACCUCACGCUUUAGUCAUUGUCCGAUCGGUUUCAGAGAAAAUGGUUCUCAUUGAAACUCAAAAUGUAAAGCACUAUCACCAUAUCUAAAAAGAUAUAUUUUCUCAGCCUCACCUAGCAAAGCUACUAUUUUGGUAGAGUUUGUGCACAAAACGCGGAUUUGACUUGUGUACACGUGCACAUAUUUAUGUACAUAUUCUCAUACAAAAGCCAUUAUUCAGAGUUAUUUAUAAGCUGCUAAAUAAUGCCAAAAAAGAGACUUUCUGAAUUUCUGUAUUAUACAUAUUCAGUUUAGUUUGAAGGAUUCAUUGAAUUGAAGUUACAUCUCUAUUUGGAUGUACAGUCAGAUUUCUGAUUUUUACAUCCAAUAUUUGAAUAUUUAUAUAGUUUUCAGAUCUGUUGUGCUGUUUUUCAGUGAGAACAAAAAUCAAAUCUUGAUUUGAGAGAGUAGUUCUGAUGGACUUUCCCUUGUUUUCAGGGGAGAGGUUUGUUUAUUACAUGCACUUAAGUGGCUUGAUUGGCAGCCGGCCUGAAACAGGCACAGGUGGAUUAGUUCUCUGCAUCGACAAAUAAUUAACCUGUCUAACUGAAAAACAACACGGCGGAGAGAUAAAUAGCUAACCCUGAACUGUGGAGGCAGUGCAGUUACUAGUUUUCAACACAGAUAUUGUCAUCCAUUUAUGCCUUAACUUGUUCUGACACUUACGAUUUCCUAUUUGCAUGUAAAUGUAGUGGAAUCCUUCAACUUAAGAAAAAAAAACAAAACAUAAAAGGACAAGUUGUGAAAGAGGAACCAGACUGAAAUGGUGUUAGCCAUCCCAGUUAAAAGUUUGCACAAGGAUUUAUGCAACGGAUUGAAUAUUUACCGGAUGUUAAAUCAGUCGGAUGCAAAGGUCUGGCUGUCACGGUUUUCACUUUGCUAUGUGUUUUAAAUAUUGUGGUAUCUUGUAAAGUACUAGGGAUCAACACGAUGAGAAAAAAAGGUUGCGAGUAAAUUGUGGAAGUGAUUGAGUGAGACUGCUGAAGUCUGCAUAAACACGCGGCGCAUGCAGGCAGUCGUGACGGAGCGUGCGAGUGUUUGGCUGUGCCUUGCAGCACACUGCUCUCAGGAUGCUUUUGAUUUUCUAACUUAAUGAGUUUUCCUGCCAGAAAGCAGGGACUACAAGAGUGUACUUUUAUCUAGUAGUAAUAUAUUUUGUGAACACUCUACAUGUAACAUGUAGUACCUUGAAGUUAACUAUGUAUAGUUAAAGUAUGGAGACGUCAUUGAAGAUCUUUGUACUUCUAUGUAUAUUCUGUUUGUGCAUCUUUAGAAGAGUGAGCUAUCAGGGUGAACUCAUGUUUCAUUUUGGACAGGAUUUUAUGAAAAUACGCUUUGAAUUUUGCGGCCAAAGGAUGCGCAUGUCGAUUAGAAACUACAAGGUUAGCUCCCUUCGUUUAGCUACGUUACAGUCAGGUUGUGAACCCUUAUAGCUGGACCAUGCUUUCAAUGCAUUUAAAGGGGAAUGCUUAACUGUUUAAUGUAGUUCUUGAAAAAAAGUUGUUUGUCCAAAUCUAAUUCUAUAAACUAAGCAGCAUCAGACUGUGUUUUGAUGACUUUUAUUAUUAUAUUUGUAGUUUAUUUUUUCUUUUUUUUUUCUUUUAAGUGAGUGGCAUUACUCUUUGAUGGCUAAUUGUGUGAGGCAAACUGAGUCUCAUUAGUGGCGCUUUAAAAACAUGUAUUUCUUUAUAAUGUUUAAGUACAACCGUCGUAUAAGAACAGACAUAAAGGAAAAACAAAACAAAAAAAACAGUUGAAUGUGUUUUGCCCAAAUGAAGUUUGGGCUUUGCUAACUUUGUUUUUCAUGAAAAAGACGAGGCCACUUGAGGUCGUCUGUCUGUUCAUGAGAAGGUGAAACAAACUGCCUAAAUGUUUCUUCAUAUGAAACAAAUCAGAUUGCAAGGCUGCUGUCAAGGUUGUUUCUGGCAUUUGGCUUAAAGUUUGCGCGCCAUCCUUUUUUUGUUUUUUCUCCACUUCAGACUGCUAAACGGCCAGUCAUUUCUUAUUCAAAACACAAUAUUUGAAAACUAAUCUGAACCCAAGAUGGAUUUUUUUUUACUGUUUGGGUUCUUAAUUUUGACUGGAAAUUGAAGCAUUUACUGACAGUUUAAUUUGGAAUUUAAUUCUACUAAAAAUAGUGUUUUCUCUGAGCACUACCCUUAACUUUUAGACAAAAAUUGAACACUUUCGAUGCUUAAAUUUCCUUAAAGGGAACAAAUCCUCCUUUUCCCUCCUUCCUCUCUGAAUGUGCCGCAAACACAUAAGCCACAAAUGUCUAGAACUGACUUUUGCUUGUUGAUACAAAUUGUAUCUAUACAUUGAAUGUAACAAAAUAUGAAAUGUACAAUAUGAAUAUAGUUUUAUUUAAGUGCGGGGGUGGGGUUUGGGGUCGAUGCCAUAACAUUUGUGACACCGUGUGUCACUGGGAGUAUACAGUAGUCCAUUGGUAUGUAAUUAUUCUUACUUGGUACAGUAGUCAAUUUACGAGGACAACAAUGUGCUACCUAGACGUGCACAGACGCUCUGUGUGCAGCAGGCCUCACGUCCCCCACUGUACAGAAGCACACAAGUGUGUGUAUUGAAUUCACGGUAACACAAGUUGUUUGGAUAUUUUAGGUCAUUUGUGUGUCGUAACUUUGUUAUAGGUGCAUCUAUUUCUUCUGAAAAGCAGACGUCUAUGCUAUUUAAAUGGAAAUGUAAUCGCUGUAGGUAUAUUCUGCUUCAUAAAACAUGCCAAAGUUCUUUUCAGGUGGCUUUGUCAAACGGUGUCAAAUUCCAACCAAAUCUGUAUUUUAAAAUAAUUUUGCAGACUUGAGAAGAUUAGGAGUAGAAAAAAGGAACCGAGUGAGGGUGAUGGACUAAAGCUUCUUAGAAGUGUCACACAGAAGAUAGGCUGAUGUUUACAAGCCGUUUAAUGUCACCCACUGGGAUCUUCACUGUGGAUCAGUGGUGGAUAGCCAUGGCGGUGACACGCCGACUGAAUUCUUUACUAUGUUUUUUUUUCGCUCAGACUUUCAGGAGUGCAUAUAUGUGCAGUUUAUUUAAAGACCAAUCCUUAUUGUUCUCAAGCAAGCCGUGUGUUGGGGUUUUUUUGCUAUUAAACUGUCCACUGACUGCUGUCAUUAAGAAGAUUCUGUAUCUGAGACCAGUUGGCAUCAGAUCAGCUUCGUUGUCAUGACGAUUAGACUGAAAAUUGUCAGGAUGAUUUAUUGAUGAUCUGCUGUUAGCUAGAAUCAAAACCAAAGGGAUUUCUGAUCUGUACACAAUAUUGUACUCGUUCUAGUUGGUACAGGCGUGUCUUGCUUUGGAAUUGUCAGUGUAUGCCACGAUAAUGGGUGCACAUAUUUAAAAGAAACAACUGUACAUACGAAGCAUACAGUGUAAUACUCAGGUUUAGUGACAAACAUUUUAAAUCACACUUGGUUUUUUAAAACUGAGGGAUGCAGAAGUCUCUCAUUUCGAGUAGACAUUUGGUCUACAAUGUAAAAAACAAAACAACAAGAAAAGAACAAAAAAAGGGAAAUGUAAAGCAUAUUUUUGUGUGUUGUGAUGAUCUGCAGUAAUGUAUUGUACACUGACUGGAAGGCAUUGCUUUUAUAGAAAUAAAAUAUGAUUAUUUGGGUCUGUGGGCUCAAACAAAAUGUAAGUCUUAAUGACAAACUGUGUUUCUCUCCAUAAAUAAAGACAAAUUCUGCUGAAAACA